GGUCGCUUGAUAGGGAUGGUACUCCGUAGCCAGGCUGGCAGUAGGAGCAAGUGCCUGGUUAGCACCUGGAGAGGCAGGGCUGCUCGCUAAUAUAAACCCGCCAGGCAUCUGGACAGGGAACUGUCCCCAACUGACAGUUGUCACAAACCUAUCAGCUGUUGCCAAUUUACCCGUACCCCCGUGACGGAUUGCGGCGAGUUACAACGUGUGUCAGCCACACAAAUAGCGCCCGAGAAGCGCAAAACACCUCAUCACACUCUUAUUACUCCGUCAAGAAGCUGUUGGGACGUCAAUUUCACCGCCUGCCAUCACUUUUUGAACUUCAUUGCCCUUGUUCUUCUGCAUCGCCAUCACUGACUACGGUUUUUCCCGAGUCAUAACUGUCUUGCUGUCGUCUUCGACACGAUCUACCGAAAACACGGUGACGACGCGCCCUCAUACGACUUCAUCUCCAUCGAUCCCGCCAUUGACGCCCGCGAGAGUUUGUCGCGUCGCGUGUUCCUUGGUUCAAGCUUCACUUUGCAUCCCUACUUUCCGGGACGCAUCGCCCUUGACGUCGAACGACGUUGCCUGCGCCCUUCGCUCCCAGACUAUUGUCGUCGAUGGCGUCAACAACGUCAACCUUGGAACCAUACCAGCCCACCCUCCCCCUAACACCGCGCGAGUCUGACAACGGAGACUUGCGCCAUUCGCCCUCCAUGACCGGAAGAAAACGCAAUGCUAGCGAAAUGGAAGAUGAAUCCGACACCGACUCGACUUCUAGGAUUGAGGAAGACUUUGAUGAGACUAUUGAGGCCCAGAGCAUUCCCCCAGAGUUCACAGUUGAAAAUAACCUAGUGAAAAAAAAGCGAUCAAAGUCUCGGAUACCAGAAGAUGUAUACUUUGGGACAGAUGCGCCCUCAUUGGCUCCCAACCUCACCAUGAACUAUGCCAUAAGGCCUGGGGAACAGUACAGAAAGCUGCACCAGUACAGAAAUGCAAAAUUUCGAGAACCGACGCACGCGUUGUACUCGUCUGGUCAAGUCGUAUACAUCAGCCAAAGAAUGCCUGUUCCGCCACCACCACCCGCUGAGGCUACCGAGGAUGAGAGGUUGCAAUAUGACAAGGAGCACUUCUGGGUUGGCCUCAUAGCGGAAUUUCGCGCCGGAAACACAGAACAAGUCUAUGUACGAGUGUUCUGGUUUUACUGGCCGGAAGAGCUUCCCAUGGGUCGCAAGCCGUAUCAUGGAAAGAAUGAAUUGGUCCUGAGCAAUCAUGUGGACCUUGUCGAGGCACAAACCAUCUCUUCGCUGGUCGAGAUCAGCCACUGGAAUGAGAAUGACGACUCCAAUAAAAAGCUGCUGUUGGAGCGAUACUGGAGGCAGACGUACGACAUGAAAAAAACGGGCGACAACGCCUUGAGCAGACUAAGACGAUUUUGUAUAUGCGGUGGUUAUGAUGACCCUAAUACGGAGAUGUAUCAAUGCCAGAAGGUUGGCUGCGGCUUGUGGAAUCAUCAUGCAUGCCUGAUUAGGGCUCUGGAAGAGACGGCUUGGGCGAAGUUCAAAAAGGGCACACUGACACACGAAAGGGAAGAUGGCGAUGAAGGCAAAGGUCUGGCCCAAAAAGUUGGCGAGACUGUAAGCAAUCUUGCACACCGAGCCUUCGGUAAAGAUGGAGGGAAGAGUUGGAGUUCCUCAGACAAUACCGUCGUCCGGAAGGGGAACAAGAAACGGAAAGGAUUGCCUACAGGUAAGCAUCCCUGGACAGGCAAACUGCAAGGAGACAUCCGCAAAUCCAAGUUCUACCAUGCGCUCGGUACACAUGAUGCGAGUGUGACACAACUUGUUCCAACAUCAAGCUGUGAGGAGGCACCUUUGGAUUUCGCAUCCAAGAGGUGGCACAUGAAGUUGUGUUGCCUGAAGUGCGGCGGGCCAUUGGAUCCUUGAAUCGAAUGGUGUUUUGUUUCGAUGGUGGGCAUGCUGUCCAGUACGGCAAUUUGGUCUUGGAAUCCGAAGUCGAUGGUUUCUUGCGAGUUCACAGACACGAUAUGGGUGAUUAUGUAUUAUUGAUAGCGUCUGCUUUCGCACUGCUUUUGUACACAUGUUGCGCAAUACUGAUUGUUCGAUAUUCACGUAAAAUACAAAGUUGAGAUUGAACAGCACGA